UAGAAAUGUGUAAUUACUGUAUGCAUAGACCAAUCACUUCAUUCAUACUUUGAUUUGUGUAUAUUUUGUGUUUCAGUGGACGGUUUCCAUAGGCUUUCAUGUUUUCUUUUUGAUUGAAAAUUUAUAUUAUUUUAAUUCAUAGCUGGACAUUUAUACAAGUAAUUCUUCUUUGUUGUAAUAUGUAAUUUAACUAUUUGUAUUUUUGUUUUUGUUUAACCACGAUAAUUCACAAGGAAAGAUAAUAAAAACCAGGUUACACUUGAAAUUUUAUUAUGCUCUUGCCACUCAUUACCUUUAUUUAUUUUCUUUGUUAUGAAGGUGAUUGUGUUGAAUGCAUUAGUUAGUAAGAUACAUGAAUCAAGUUUAUUUAUAUGUAUAUAUGUACAAUACUUUUUUAAAUGUAAAGAUUAGCAGAAAAAAGUCUUUAUGAAUGUAAACAAAUAUUAUCAGGUUGAGCGACCUUCGAGUCGAAGACGUAGUCCAUCGCCACGCUCGUUUUUCAAACGUCCUCCGUCUCCAAGUAUCGAUCCUCACGUAGAAGCAGAUAUGAAUCGAGUCAAAAAACAAGUUCCAAAAGUUUUAAAAGCACGGCUGUAUUUGUUGCAGCAACCAGGACCUAAUUCGUUUUUAAUUGGUGGUGAUUCUCCAGAUCAUAAGUAUAAAGUAAUAAUUGGUCCUCAGACUUGUACAUGUGGCAAGGACCCAUUCUGCAUUCAUGUUUUGUUUGUAAUGCUGAGAGUGUUCAAGGUUAAGGAAACAGAAAUUUUGUUGUGGACAAGAGAGUUGAAAAAUUUUGAGGUAGAAAGUUUGUUCCGAAGAUAUCAUAAAAGAAUAGAAUUACUUUCUAAGCAAAAUGUCACAGGGAUUAAUUCAAAGUUAAAAGUGCCGAUGAUGCAUGGCGCACUUCCCAACCCACUUGUUGCUGGUGGGCAUUCAAGUCAUUCCAAUAGUCUGGGUAAAGAAGAAGAAGAAGUGUGUCCAAUUUGUCUUUCAGAUUUAGUUGAAGGCGAAAGCAUGACAUUGUGCAGAGAAGGUUGUCAAAACCGACUACAUCAUCAUUGUAUGGCAGUAUGGGCGGAAGAAUGUAGACGGCGAAAAGAAGCAUUAAAUUGUCCUCUAUGUCGAACUGUUUGGCAAUCUCGUCGCAGUGCAUCACCUGUCAAGAUGGGACAAAAUUUACCUUCUGGUAAUAAUCCACUGAAUAUACAAGCUGAAGAUGCUGGUAUACCCCACGGAGAAAUAAUUCCUGAAGAAUUUGUAAAUUUAGCCAACCCCUGGGUACAGGUAUUCGGCAAUGACGCUGUAGCCUGUUUGUUCUCGCGAGACUGGAAACACAGAGAAUCUGGUCUGCGUUUUAUUAGCCGUAAAGCUGUAAAGAUUUUAACAGAGAAAAAAACCACAAACACCUAUUUUGAUACAAAAUGGGAACUGCUAGGUGUAUGCUCAUGUAUUCUUAAGCACAUUAUGGCGGAUCCAGUUUAUAAUGUUUAUGUUGCAGCAUUGAGAGCUUUUCGGGCUAUUAUAUCUCAUGUAAAAUACAGAUCAAACGAUGAGAUCAGUCAAUUUCAUCGCACUAUUAAACCAGUUAUUGAGAAAAUAUUGUUGAAAUGUACAGAUGCUAACAGACGUGUGACCAUCAUAUCAAACAAAGUGCUGAUGGAAUUUGUUCAUGUUGAACAAGCCGCACAUGCUGAAUCACCAGCAUUCGUUGAGCAAUACAUGAUCUUGAUUCUGUCAUGUUUGGAAGAUUCUGAUGGGCAUGAUUACACACAAUGGCAGUGGUGGCUGGGGAGAUUGAUAUUUAUCAGACGAUUAUUCGAUGAACAUAACAGUCUCCUUCUAAACACAGAAACAAGAGAAAAUAUAAAUUUUUUAUCCUUGCCUGUGUCUCAAAGUUCGGAGAUUGAUUUGCGUGAAUUUUUAAAUUCCCUAGAAGAAAACAUACAUUCAAGCACUACAUUCAAUGACACUACGUCUAAGCGCUUGAAAUUACUUGUUCAAUUUUCAGCAGACGCGGUAUCCUCCCCGCAUAAAAAGGUUCACAAAUGUGCCUUGUCGUUACUAGUGAAGUUUAUUGCAGUAUCUGCACAGGAUUCAAGACUGUUUACAAAAAUAAAGGAGAUUGUGCAGAGGUUGAAACCUACAGUUCAAAGCACCUUGCACAGACAUCUAUCUUUCGAAGCUCAACGUGAACAAGCUGACAUCUUGAACAUAUUGGAUGAGCAUGGUGAUCUGGAUAGUCAUCGUAGUGUAGAGAGAGAUUUAAACAAUUCUUCUGAGCGAGAAGAAGAAGAUGAGCAGGCCGGUGCUGCAGCUGCACCCAGUAGUAUAUUAACACCACCAGGUUCCCCACACCCUCGUAAACUUAGUCCACCAAGAUCUGCUUAUGAUCCUCGUUUGAAAUGUGUUCAGCAAAUAGAGGAUGACGAAGCAGCAGCCUUAGCGAUAGCGUUGGGUAAAUCACUGCGACCAGAGAAUGUAGUGCCUGAACAGUUGAUACCUACAGAUGAUUUGACGCUGGUUCAUAUACAACCAGGGGGAAAAGAGGAAGAGAUUUGUCACUCCAAAAACGUUUACUUAGAGAAUGUACAUUGGAAGAAAGGUGGGCUACUAGGAACAGGUGCUUUUUCAUCAUGCUUUGAAGCCAUGGAUUUUAAAAGUGGACGUAUAAUGGCAGUAAAACAGAUAUCUUUCUGUCGAAACACAGAGGAAGAACAAAUCAAAGUACACGAGGUCGUGCUAGAAGAGAUAGCUCUCAUGCAUCGUUUGAAACACCCACACAUUGUGGCUUGUCUUGGUGCGACACAGCAUAAUGGACAUUAUAAUCUCUUUCUGGAGCUCAUGGCUGGUGGUUCAAUAUCCAGCUUACUUUCCCGAUUUGGGGCUUUCCGGGAAACAGUGGUUUUAAGUUAUACCAAACAGAUCAUACAAGCCGUAGCUUAUCUUCAUCAGAACCAUACGUUGCACCGAGAUUUAAAAGGCGCGAACAUACUAGUAGACAGUACUGGUCAGAUUGUUAAACUCAGUGACUUUGGUACUGCAGCUAGAUUAAUGGCACAUGGAACUGGGACAAAGGAAUUCUGUGGUCAACUAUUGGGUACAAUACCUUUCAUGUCUCCUGAGGUACUUCGUGGAGAGCACUAUGGUAGGAAGUGCGACAUCUGGAGCGUAGGGUGUUGUAUCAUAGAAAUGGCUUCCGCUACUCUACCAUGGGGUGCGCAACAGAUGGAUAAUCAUUUGGCACUGAUGUUUAAGAUCGCCAGCGCUUCAUCUGCACCGUUGAUACCAGCACGCUUAGGACCUGGCUUGCGAGAUGUCACCUUAAGGUGUUUAGAGCUCAAAGAAACUGAAAGACCGACCGCCGACGAGUUGUUGAGACAUGCAGUUUUUCGUGUAUGAAACACGCGAUUUAUAUGUUGCUACUGCGAUUAAAACAAGAGUAUAAAAAAAGGAAAACCUUUCUACCAUUAUAAGAGCGUAACUUCUUAGAGAAUUUGAAUGUUUUCAGCACCUUCGUUCUUUAAGAUUAUUACCUUUUCGUAUCUCGUAUUUUAGCGUCCAAUCCUCCUCGCAAUAUCAUGUCACGUUUGAUUUGGCAUAUGCAUAUAAGAUAUUUUAAAGAGUGUUUUGUUCUGUGUAGGACAAAUAUUUUAUGAUUGAAUUUAUUUUUAAAUGUAUAUAUAUAUCUACAAAACGUUUAACAUUUCUAUUAUAAUAUAUUUGAUGUAUUA